GACUGCGCUUGCGCAGAUCCGCUCGGCCGUCUUGCACAUAUGAGCACAAUGUCUGCCGGUCGAAACGGAUCCAUUAAUAGAUGACUGGAAUCAAGACCGUGAUACAUAAUGGCUGACCUGCAACCCCAGGGGGAUCUUCUGAAAAUGACCCACAGAGAAACCUGGAAGAUGCAGCACGAAAGGUUGCAUGUGAAGCACAGAGGCCACGAGGCCAUGCAUGCUGAAAUGGUUCUGAUUCUCAUCGCAACACUAGUGGUUGCUCAGAUUGUGCUGGUUCAGUGGAAGCAAAGACACUGCAGAUCAUACAAUCUGGUGACAUUGUUGCAGAUGUGGGUGGUUCCGUUGUACUUCACCAUUAAGCUUUACUGGUGGCGUUUCCUGUCCACAUGGGGCAUGUUCUCAGUCAUCACUAGCUAUGUCAUAUUCAGAGCCACACGCAAGCCUCUCUCCGGCAGAACACCACGGAUGGUGUAUAAGUGGUUCCUCCUCAUUUACAAGCUCAGCUACGCUGUAGGUGUGCUCGGGUACCUCGCUAUCAUGUUUACCAUGUUUGGAUUCAAUGUUUUCUUCAGGAUCAAAGCAGAGGACUCUAUGGAUGUGGGUGUGAUCAUGCUUUUCUAUGGUUUGUAUUAUGGGGUAAUGGGUCGUGACUUUGCAGAAAUUUGCUCAGACUACAUGGCAUCUACUAUAGGGUACUAUAGCAUGGGCGGCAUGCCGUCCCGAACCCUUAGUGAUGACAUAUGUGCCGUGUGCGGUCAGAAGAUUCUUGUGGACAUAGAUGAGGAAGGAAUUAUUGAGGACACCUACCAGCUCUCCUGCAACCACAUAUUUCAUGAAUUCUGUAUCCGUGGCUGGUGCAUCGUGGGAAAAAAACAGACAUGCCCAUACUGCAAUGAGAAGGUGGACCUCAAAAGGAUGAUGAACAACCCCUGGGAGAGAACACAUGUUUUAUACGGCCAGCUUUUGGAUUGGUUAAGGUACCUGGUCGCCUGGCAACCCAUCAUUAUUGGAAUCGUGCACGGAAUAAAUUUUUCACUUGGACUUGAAUAGAUUUUCACAGUAUUUAGUUACAUUUUAAACCAUGCAUGUGUUCUCCUUUUGAAUAUCUAUUUGUAAAUUGUGUAGUUUAUAAUAUCAAUCGGACAGCUGCUUUUGUUUUUGUAAUUUAUUUGAUAUAAACUUUCAGAAGUGUCCUACGCUGAUGCAUCAAAGACAUAUCUUUCUCUUUCCAAAGCUGCUCAACUGUAUGUGUUUUUUUGUUAAAUUUGUGCCUCUUUUUGUAUGAAUAUUGAAAGGCUUUUAAAGCGGCAGUUCAUCCAAAAAUGAAAAUUCUGUCAUCAUUCACUCACCCUCAGGUUGUUCCAAACUGUAUACAUUUCUUUGUUCUGUUAAACACAAAGGAAGAUAUUUGGAAGAAUGUCAUUAACCAAGAGUAAAUGAUGACAGAAUUUUCAUUUUUGGGUGAACUAUCCUUUAAUUUGGAAAAAAUGGUUGAAAUCAUUGAAAAACGGCAGAAAAAUGUUGGGGGUAUAUAGACUGUAAUUGUUUGACAAUUCUGUUCGGUGCAAUAAGUAAUAGUUUGCAAACAAAUAUAAAACAGGUUUUGGACUUUGUUGACAAGUAAACGUUUUUUGAUUCAUGUGCCGUUGCAGAAAUACUCACUGAUAGUCUCAGUUACCGAUGAAUGAAGCAAAAUCACCUCCUGCCCAAUCACUCAUGAUGUGACAUUAUAUUUAGCAUUAUAUUGCUGCUGUCUUUCUGAAACUUCUUAUAUCCAUAUUUUGUGAUUUUUCUUUUUAUAUUAGUCACCCUUUAUGUUUGUCACUGGGUUUUGCAAAUAUC